UGGCUGAGCCUGGGCCCCGCCCCCAGCCCUUUCCCUCUUCUCCCCCCUCGAAAGGGGGGCGUGGAGGGAACCGGGAUCAGCCGGGGGCCAGCAUGAGCCGGAGGGAGGGAAGUCUGGACCCCCAGGCUGACUCCUCAGUCUCACUCCUUCCCCACUUGGAAGCCAAGAUCCGUCAGACACACAGCCUUGCCCACCUCCUCACCAAAUACGCUGAGCAGCUGCUCCAGGAAUAUGUGCAGCACCAGGGAGACCCCUUCGGGCUGCCCGGGUUCUCACCACCGCGGCUGCCGGUGGCCGGCCUGAGCGCCCCGGCACCGAGCCACGCGGGGCUGCCGCUGCCCGAGCGACUGCGGCUGGACGCGGCCGCGCUGGCCGCGCUGCCCCCGCUGCUCGACGCCGUGCGCCGCCGCCAGGCGGAGCUGAACCCCCGCGCGCCGCGCCUGCUGCGGCACCUGGAGGACGCGGCGCGCCAGGUCCGGGCCCUGGGCGCCGCCCUGGAGACCGUGCUGGCCGCGCUGGGCGCCGCCGCCCACGGGCCCCGGCCUGAACCCCCCGCCACCGCCACCGCCACCGCCGCCACCGCCGCGGGGGUCUUUCCGGCCAAGGUGCUGGGGCUCCGCGUGUGCGGCCUCUACCGCGAGUGGGUGAGCCGCACCGAGGGCGACCUGAGCCAGCUGGUGCCCGGGGGCCCAGCCUGAGCGCGGGACUGGGGGCGCAGCUCGCUCUGUCGCCGUCUCUCCACCUGUCUGUCUGCAGUACUCUCAUCUCCGUCGGUGUUGUCUGCUCUCCGGUUGUCUCCGUUGCUCUGUCCCCCACCUCUUUGCUUUGCGUGCCCUCUUGCGUUCUCUCUCGACCUCCUCGUCUCCGUAGGCACUCUCCAAGCGUCUACCAUCCUCUUACUUUCCCUCUUUCCCUCCAUCCUUGGGCUUGCCUCCGUAGGUCUGUUUUGGUCUCCCCCUUCCCCCAGCUCCAGGAGGCCUCUCUGUCUCUCUCCUUUCCCCUCUCGUGUCUCCCAUCGGCCCCACAUGAGCGUGUGUACAUCUCAGCCUCAUCUCAAGGUGAUACUUGUCUCUCUGUCUCCCUCUGUCUUUGUCCAUCCUUUCCUGGCCAGGGACGUGCCUUCUGGUCCUGUGGUGGGAAGGCCUCCAAAUUUCAGCCACCUCCCCGGACGUCAUUCCAUCUUCUGUCCUCACUCUCCCCAACAGGUCCCUUUCGGGCCCUGCCCCCUCUAGCUUUGAUGUCCUUCCUUCCCCGCACACCUCCACCCCAUCCAAGCCAGGUCUGUGAAUAGAGAAAAAACACCUUAAAAGAAUUUUAUUUCUGAAAAUAAAUUAAUUUUUAGUAAAUAAAAUGUUGAAAAAUAAAAAGAAAACGAAAGUUACCUGUAUAUAUACAGUUGUUGAAAAUGGGGAGACAGCUUUGAGGAGAAUAGGAUCCUUGGGGUGAAGCUUGGUUCCCCAGACAUACCUAAAAGGCGCAUUAUAAAUAGG